UUCUCGUAAAUUAAUGGCGAAUAUGGAUAACCUCCUCUGUAUCUAUGCACUGACCACUCAAAGGCCCUCUACAUGUUUCUGGACUCUCUACUUCUCAAAGCUCUCUCUCUCUCUAAGUAAAACCCACUUCUCCACCCUUUCACCCAUGAUUUCAUGCCUUGGGUCUGCAACCAUGGGGAUUUGCAGGCCCCUAAACUCCAACAAUUAUCUUCUCCAGGCUUGCCCUUCACUUCAAUUCAGCAAGCCCAAGUCACUCCAGGUCGUCGGAGCGAAAAGGGCCUCUUCUCGAACUAGUCGGCUCGAUAGAGUGAAGAAACCCAACACCACAACUACCACAAAAGAGGAAGAAGAACCACUUAUUUCGCCCGAAAAUGAAGUUGCAGACGCUACUUCUGAUGUAGAUGAUGGCUAUUUCUUGCCUGAAUUGCCUGGCGAUAAGCCGGAUUUUUGGGAGGGUCCUCAGUGGGACUGGUUGGGCUUUUUUGUUCAGUAUAUGUGGGCCUUUGGGGGAGUCUUUGCGUUAAUUGCAUGUGGUGUCGCUGUUGCCACAUACAAUGAAGGUGCAACUGAUUUUAAGCAGACACCCGUUUACAAGGAAUCGGUCCAAUCUCGAGGAUUGUUUGAAGAGCCUGGAGCAUCAGAUUCUGAAGUUUUUGAGGCUAACCCAACAGAGGAGGCGCCUAGCUUAGAGUAAACUGAUGAAGACUUAAGGUUUCAUAUUUGAAUAUAGAUUGUUAUACAUAUAGCUCUGUAGUUUGUAAGUUCUUGUAUGAUCCUAAGCUUCAAAUUUUCUAAUUCUGUAAUUUUAAACCAUAUUCUCUUUCUUGUAAUGUAAUCAUAAGCUUAUUGCAACGGCGCUUUCUUGAGGCUGUUUAAUUAUGAAUGCCGUGUAGAUUAUUUUA